AUGACCGGUUUUCUUAUUCCCCCGUGGUACAAGAAUGAGGUGCCGGGGGAGACAGAGAUGAACAUCGCCAGUGUCAUCUUCGGGUUCAGCUUGGGUUCAGCCGUCUUCACAGCCUCACUCGCCUUCAAACAGUCUCUGGGAGCAUAUAGGAGACAGAGACUGUUCAGUGCUUACAUUAUCAUGUGUUGGCUGGAAUGGAUUGGAUGUAAUUGUAUGGGUCUUGUCACCUACAUGUGGCUCAAGGGUGUCGUCCCGCCAAGUUUCUGGGUCUUUUUCUUCAUCAUCGUCUUCUGGAGCAUGCAGAUCCAGUUCAUUUUACAGAUCAUCAUCAACCGAAUAGCCCUCCUGCUUCCCAGCAAGUCAGGCGUCAACAAAAUCAAGUGGGGAGUCGCCAUCAUCGUCAGCCUUAUCAACCUGAGCGGUUUCUGCAUUUGGAUCCCGGCACGUCUACAGAUCUCUCACCUGUACGAAGAAAUCAACAUCAUCUGGGACCGAACUGAAAAGGCCGUUUUCUUGAUUGUCGAUCUUGGCCUCAACCUUUACUUUAUCUAUCUUGUUCGCUCGAGACUCAUUGCUGGUGGUUUGACAAAGUAUUGGCAACUCUUUCACUUCAACGUUGCCAUGGUUUUUGUGUCGGUGACACUGGACUGUGUCUUGAUGGGAGCCACGUUCCUCCCGAGUCCGGUCGUUUAUGUCCAGUUCCAUCAACUCACCUAUCUCCUCAAGCUCUACAUCGAGAUGAACGUUGCCUCCCUCCUUGGCCACAUUGUUAAGGGCGCAAGAGACCGCGAUGGCACAAGGGCUGCGGAUGGCCGAUAUGCACACAAGCCUCAUGAUGAAAUCACUAAUGUGAGGGUGGCCACGUUGAUCACGUCGAACCGAACAGGUCAUGUCCGCCUUAAUGAUGAUUCAGUUGGAGGAGAGACAUACAAGAGUGAUGCUCAAUGGGGUGGUAUUCGCAAGCAGGUGGAGACUGAGAUUGUCUAUACCAAUCCCGAGGAUCACGAUCUUAGUGAAGCAAGCUCUGAGACAAGGGUGCUUAAAUAG